UGUGCUUGCCGAGAGCAGAUCUGUGUUGCUCAGCUCGGUCAAAAUGAUUAGGCACCGCUUGGUUUCAUUGCUCGUGGUACUAUUCCAAGUUCUGUGCCUUGCAAGGAGCCAACCUUUCCCCAACUACCACGCGGAUUUCGAGGACAUCGAAGACCAGGUCCCCGAUCUCAAGUGGUGGCAGACGGGCGCCUUCUAUCAGAUCUACCCAAGGUCAUUUAAAGACAGCAACGGCGAUGGCGUGGGCGAUUUAAAUGGCAUCGCGGAGCAACUGCCCUACCUCAAGGAGCUGGGCAUCACGGCCACUUGGCUAUCGCCCAUAUUCACCUCUCCCAUGGCGGACUUUGGCUACGAUAUAGCCAACUUCACUGAGAUUGCUCCUAUUUUCGGAACCAUGGCGGACUUUGAACAUCUGAUGGAAGUGGCCAAGAAAUUGGACAUCAAGAUCAUCUUGGACUUUGUGCCCAACCACUCGAGUGACGAGUGCGAGUGGUUCCGUCGCUCGGCGGCGAAGGAUCCGGAGUUCAAAGACUUCUACGUGUGGCAUCCUGGUCGGAUGGUAAAUGGCAAUCGCAGUCCGCCCUCCAAUUGGAUCAGCGUUUUCCGGGGAAGUGCUUGGCAAUGGCACGAGGGUCGUCAGGAGUUCUAUCUGCACCAGUUUGUGAAGAAGCAGCCGGACUUGAACUACCGGAAUCCAAAAGUACGAGAGGCCAUGAAUAACGUUUUGAGAUUUUGGCUGGCCAAGGGCGUCUCCGGCUUUCGCAUUGACGCAGUACCCCAUGUUUUCGAGAUAGCGCCGGAUGCUCAGAACCAGUACCGCGACGAGCCGCGCAACGAUUGGGACAACGACCCCGAGGACUACGGCUAUCUGCAGCACAUCUACACCAAGGAUCAGCCGGAGACCAUUGACCUGGUAUACUCGUGGCGGGCGGUGCUGGACGCGUUCCAGAGGGAGCACGGCGGCGAGGACCGAAUCUUGAUGGCAGAGACCUAUUCACCCAUCGAUAUCGUGAUGCAGUACUACGGCAAUGCGACGGCGGAGGGCGCUCAGCUGCCGUUCAACUUUCUGCUGAUUAGCGAGCUGACCAACUCGUCGAAUGCCCAUGCCUACGAGGGAACGGUGCUCAAGUGGCUGCAGCACAUGCCCGAGGGUCGCACCGCCAACUGGGUGUUGGGCAACCACGAUCAGCCCCGAGUGGGCUCCCGCUUGGGUCGGGAUCGGGUGGACAUGCUGCACAUGCUCACGGCCACGCUGCCCGGCGCCAGUGUCACCUACCAGGGCGAGGAGCUGGGCAUGACCAACGUGUGGAUCUCGUGGAAGGACACGGUGGACCCGUCAGCCUGCAACACCAACCCGAGCAUCUACGAGCGCUACUCUCGCGAUCCGGAGCGCACUCCCUUCCAGUGGGCCGAUGCCCGGGACGCGGGAUUCAGCAAUGCCAGCAAGACCUGGCUGCCCAUCGCCCUGGACUACAAGCAGGUCAACGUGGAGCUGGAGCGGCAGAGGCCCCUGAGUCACCUCAAUAUCUUCAAGCAGCUGUGGCAGCUGAGGAAGCAAUCGCAGACCCUUCAGCACGGCCAAACUGAAGUGAAGGCCCUCAGCGACGCUGUGUUGGCAAUUAAACGGUAUCUCGAACGUGAUUCAACCUUUUUGACCCUCCUGAACAUUUACGACGGCGUGGAGACCAUCAAUCUUCGGCAGAGCUUCCCCGACUUGCCUCCUCAGCUCAAAGUUGUGCUGGUCUCAGAGCGAUCUCAGGUCAAAGUUGGUGAUCUCAUCAACUCCACAUCGGUGCAGCUGCAGCCCAAGGACUCGCUGAUCCUGCAAUCCAGCUCCUCGUAUUACAGCUAUGCCACCAAUGGAGAGACUCGUUUUCUGCCCGUUCUGGGGGCUUACCUCUGGCUGGCUCAAGUGGCGCUCUAUCUGGGCUAUCGAUGAGUUCCCACCCUCCAGCUGCUAGUUAAUAACUAAACAACAAUAAUAAACAAAGUCAAAGCACUUAAGCA